AUGUCGCAGGGAACGCAGCCCGGAGAGGACGCGUUCAGCAUAUUGGUGGCGACGGACAACCACCUGGGGUUCAUGGAGAAGGACGAUGUGCGCCGCCACGACUCCUUCACUGCCUUUGAGGAGAUCUGCAAGCUCGCCCACUCGCUGCAGGUGGAUUUCCUGCUGCUGGGCGGGGAUCUGUUUCACGACAACAAGCCCUCGCGCGCCACGCUGGUGCGCACAAUCGACAUUCUGCGGCGCUACUGCCUCAGCGACAACCCCGUGCGCUUCCAAGUCGUCAGCGACCAAACCCUCAAUUUCCCCAACUCGUUCGGGCAUGUGAACUACGAGGACGAGCACUACAACGUGGGCAUGCCCGUCUUCACCGUGCACGGCAACCACGACGACCCCGCUGGCAUCGACAACCUAUCAGCAGUGGACAUCCUGUCGUCGUGCAAUCUCGUGAACUACUUUGGCAAGUCCAACAUGCCGGAGCAUGACGCUGCGCAGAUCACCCUGCAUCCCGUGCUGCUGCGCAAGGGCGCGAACUGCAUAGCGCUGUACGGGCUGGGGUACAUGCGGGACGAGCGGCUGAGGAUGAUCAUGGAUAACCCACAGGGGCUGCAGUGGAUUCGACCGGACGAUCCGGGCACGAGUGAGGACGACUGGUUCAACAUCCUCGUCGUGCACCAGAACAGGGCGGUGCGCAUGACGAAUGUGAAGAAGGUGGUGACGGUGGACGAGUCAGGCUUCGCGUCCUUCCUGGACCUGGUCGUGUGGGGGCACGAGCACGAGUGCCGCAUCGAGCCGCAGCAACCAGCGCGAGCAAAGUACUUCAUAUCGCAGCCGGGGUCGUCGGUGGUCACGCAGCUGGCGGAGGGCGAGGCCAAGCCCAAGCACGUGCUGCACCUGCGCGUCCAGGGAAACCAGUUUGAGACACAAAACAUCGCCCUCACCACUCCACGCCCGUUCGAAUAUGCCGAGGUGUCGUUGAGGGACGCGCAGGGCGUGAACGCCAGGGACCCGGAGGAGCUGGCGGCCUUCCUCUCCGCCACUGUGCAGCGCAUGAUAGCCAAGGCAGAGAGCAGCUACAGGGAGAGGCGAGCAGCACAGCUGCCAGAGGGGCUGCUGGAUGGGGGCGGCAGAGAGGGGAGCAGGGAGGUUCCGGUGCCGCUGCCGCUCAUACGCAUUCGUGUGGACUACUCGGGCUUCUCCACCAUCAACUCGCAGCGCUUUGGGCAGCAGUUCGUGGGCAAGGUGGCGAACCCCCACGACAUGCUCAUGUUCUUCAAGGCGCCCACCAGGAAGCCCUCCACCACCGUUUUGGAGGUGGGCGAGGAGAGGGUGGUGCAACCGGACGAGCUCAAUCAGAGCAACAUCGAGCAGCUGCUCAGAGACAGCAACGUGAAACUGGAGGUGCUGUCGCUGGGCGGGCUGGCUGAGGCGCUGCAUGGGUUUGUGGGGCGCGACGAGAAGCACGCCUUCUCCUCCUUCCUCUCCUCCUCGCUCUCCGACACGCAGGCAUGGCUGGUGAAGGAUCAGGAGGGGGCGGGGCUGAGGGACGACGAGGACAUUCUGCGACUCGUGGAGCAGCGCGUGCUGCAGGACAUGGAGAAGCGGGGUGGUGCUGCGGCGGCGCCUGGUGAUGGCGCUGGCGAUGCAGGAGCAGCGCAGCCGAUGCCCAAUGUGAGUGCAGUUGAGCGAGUGAGGGGCUCAUGCAUGGAGCAGGCGAGCGAGCAAGUGGGUGCUGGAUGUUGGUUCAACUCGCAGCACGUGGCAUGGCAUGUGCCUUGGAAUUGUCAUCUGUGCACCCACCCAUGCAAUCCAUGCGCUGAUCCCUGGCCCUUUCAAUCUGCAGAAUCCAUCCCGUGCCACGCCACGCUGUGCUCCGUGCAAUCUCUCCACUUCCCCGUCCUCCCCACUCCCCACCUUCUCCGCCCUUCCUAUAUCCCCCCCGCGCCCCUCCCUCGCCCUUUCCCCCGCCUGUGCACGGCAGCCAGCAAAGGGGGAGCAGGGGGAAGGGGAAUGAAGCAGGCGACGUUUGAGAGCAUGGGGCUGCGAGGCAGGCCGGCAGCAGGAGCGGCAACAGCAGCAGGGAGGGCAGCAGCGAGUGUGGGCAGCACCAAAGUGGCGAUGGAGGAGGAGGAGGAGAUCGAGGACGACGACCUGGGCGCUCAUGGCGCUCAGGGCGCGCAGGCCACGCAUGGCACGAUGGGUGCGCCACGUGGGGCUGAUGGCAUGAUGGGUGCAGCACGUGGGUUGGGCGAUGUUGACAUGGACAAAGAGGAGGAGGCGGAAUUGGAGGCAGUGGGUCUGGGCUCCAGGGCAUCAGCAGCGCGAGCAGCCUCCCAGCGCCGCUCCACUGCUGCUGCCUCCCCGAUCAGCGUUGGCACGGCAGGAAUGAGUGUGCAGAGUGACGCGGAGGAGAGCGAUGAGGAGGAGCAUGUGAGGCAUGGCGGCAUAGAGGAGGAUGAUGAGGAGGAAGAGGAGGAAGAGGAGGAGGAGGAGCAGAGGGCGCGGGCAAAGAGGGCGAGAAGGGGUGUGGGUGGCGUCACGGGUGGGUUCAGCUUCACACCCUCGCAAGUGAGUAUGGAGGAUGCACACUCAUCACCACCACGUGCCCACACGUGCUGCGAGUGA